AGCUCUACCCUCCCACCCGCCCCGUCACCCUUCAGCCUGGAGAUGUCACCCAACCGCCACCACAGAUCCUGGCUGGAAAUCUUUUCCUUCAGCUACACUCAUUUACUCUGAGCACCGUGAAGCCUUUCUCGCACCCCCUUGGCGUCUCCAAACUCCACCGUUUUGCAGAAGCCUUCCCCAGGGGAGCCCCACCGGCUCCCGGCUCCUAAAGACCCUCGCUGCCCUGUACGGACAUGCGCAUCUCUUUCAAGAAGGCCUCUCCCGCUGUCAUGUUGCGCCGCUUGGCACGUACAAGCGGCGGAACGGAGGCGGCCAUCUUGGGCGCUUUGUGACGCUGCCGACGGACAGACGCAUUUUAGUAGUUAGGAAAAGCGGCUGUACGGCAGUUGUUCCAAGAUGGCGGCUCCCACAUAAAUCGGCAAACGGCGCCGCCAUACUCUGUCAAAGGGUCUUUGUCUAAGAGAAAAAACUGAACGGAAUCUUCGUCUGUGGGCGGUGUACAGACUCAGACGUUACAGAGGUUAAACUUGACUGUGAGGUGGGACGGCAGCGUUAAUGAGUCCGAAGUGAACGUGAUGGGCCAUCCCUCUUCCUAUACACCCAGCUGGUGCAGAAAGGAUCUAAGAGAUCUCGGUUUCGCGUUCUGGGAGCUGAAUCAGGGCUCGCUGUCAUUCAAGGAUGUUGCUGUGGUUUUCACCUGGGACGAGUGGCAGUUACUGGACUCCAGUCAGAAGAACCUGUAUCAAAACGUGAUGUUAGAAAAUUACAGCAACCUAGUAUCAGUGGGGCACCAAGUUACCAGAGCAGAUGGAGUCUACCUGUUGGAGCCAGGAACGCCGUGGAUAGCAGUGGAAGAAACCCGAAGUCAGACUCAUCCAGAAGACACCUGGCAAAUUGACAAUCAUACAGACUGGCAUCAAGGAAACCAAGGCAACCUUGAAACUAUAAAGAGUCAUCAGAAAAAUAGUGCAGUAGGAAAAAUAUCUCCUCUGGGCGUAAGCCUUGAUGUCCCUUUAGCACAAAGAUAUACUCUUGACAUACUUGGGAGAUAUUUGAAACCUAAUCUACAGUACAUUCUUCAGAAUAAAAGCUAUGCAAGAAGUGAAACUGAAUUUAAUAGAUAUGACAAAUUAUUUCUUUAUACUAAGCAUGAGGAAAUUCAUACUGCAGAAAAAUACAAUGAAUGUGUAAAGGCUUUCAACCGUAAGUCACAACUUACUAAACACUGGAAAACUCAAACAGGAGAGAAACACUAUAACUGCACUGAUUGUGAGAAAGCCUUUUCCCAAAAGUCAGACCUCAGUAAGCAUAACAGAACACACACAGGAGAGAAACCCUAUGGUUGUAGUAGAUGUCAGAAAGCCUUCAGCCGGAAGUGCCAUCUCAUUUUACACCAGAGAACCCACACAGGAGAGAGACCUUAUGAAUGUAAUACGUGCGGGAAAUCUUUUACUGAUAAGUCAUGCCUUAAUAAACAUCAGAGAACUCACACAGGAGAGAAGCCCUAUGGUUGUAGUAGAUGUCAGAAAGCCUUCACCCGGAAGUGCCAUCUCAUUUUACACCAGAGAACCCACACGGGAGAGAGACCUUAUGAAUGCAACAGAUGUGGAAAAGCUUUUUCUGAUAAGUCAUGCCUUAGUAAACAUGAGCGAAUUCACACAGGAGAGAAACAAUUUGAGUGUCAUGUAUGUCAGAAAGGCUUCAUUGACAAGUCACAACUCAAUUUACAUCAAAGAACUCAUACAGGAGAAAAACCCUACAGAUGUGAGUGUCAGAAGAGCUUCAUCACUAAGUCACGGCUCGUUGCUCAUCAGAGAUCUCACGCAGGAGUGAAACCCUACAGUUGCAGUGAAUGUGGGAAAACAUUCCUCCACAAGUUUAGCCUCAUUUUACAUCAAAAAAACCAUACAGGGGAAAAACCUUACAGCUGCAGUGAAUGUGGGAAAGGCUUCAUCCAGAAAUUUGAGCUCCUGAAACACCAGAGAAUUCACACAGGAGAGAAACCUUUUCAUUGCAGUGAGUGUGGAAAAGGUUUUCGUGUGAAAUCAGUCCUCAAUAUUCACCAGAGAGCUCACAUGGGAGAGAAACCCUAUGGAUGUAGUGAAUGUGGAAAGAGGUUCUCCAUCAAGUCUAGUCUCAACUUACACCAAAGAAUUCACACAGGUGAGAAACCUUUCAAGUGCAGUUACUGUCAAAAAGCGUUCACCCAAAAGUCACACCUCAUCAUUCACGAGAGGUCUCACACCGGAGAGAAACCUUUCGAAUGCAGUGAGUGCCACAGAGCCUUCACCCGGAAGUCGUAUCUCUUUAUUCAUCAGAGAAUUCAUUCGGGAGAGAAGCCUUAUGAAUGCCUCCAGUGUGGAAAAGCUUUCUCUCACAAGUUUAGCUUCAUCAUUCAUGAGAGGAUCCAUACAGGAGAGAGACCCUAUGGAUGCCACGAGUGUGGGAAAACCUUCCCUAUCAAAUUUAGGCUUGUUUUACAUCAGAAAACACAUACAGGAGAGAAACCCCAUGAAUGCGGCAAAUGCCAGAAAUCUUUCGCCCAGAAGUCGCAUCUGAUUGUACAUCAAAGGACUCACACAGGUGAGAAACCAUUUGGAUGCAGUGAGUGUCAGAGAGCUUUCACCCACAAACUCAGCCUCAUUUUACAUCAGAAAACUCACAGAGGAGAGAAAUCAUGAAGCAAAUAUCCAGACGUUUAUUAUACCAGAGUAUAGACAGGAGUGAAAACUUAAGACUGGCAGGUGGGGACACGCUAUCUCACCUCGCUGCUCAUCAGAGAAUGAUACUGGGCAGAAUACCAGACAGGAAGAAACCUGCCCCUGUAUAUGCUGACUGAAUGUACCCCAGAGGGACAAAAUGGGAACAUUUGUGUAUGUGCUGAUCAUGGGAGUGGUGUUGGCAUGACACAGAGCGGUACUGGUGUCAGAAUUGAUACCGAGGAAAAAAUUCUAUAUUAAAGGAUCUGGGGAUCAUGCUUUCAUGGGUAUCAUUUUAUGAGAAGUCAUGUUUCUGCUAUUGUGAUAUAAGCAGCAUUAUAGAAAUUACUGAAUAUGUAAAUACACCUGCCAGGAAACAGUAAAAAUUAGAACUAUGUGAGAAUA